AUGGAAAUCACCAGCAUUAUCCUCCUUUUGACAGUCGCACAUUCUUUUGCGAAACCUCUUUUGACUUCAGAGACAGACGACUGGCUUUUAGCUGAGAAAUAUCUUCGAAGAUUCUACAACAUGCCAGCUGGGCUCCAGGCGGCAGGGAAGCCCUCAGGUACCAUGCAGGAGAAGAUAAAAGAGAUGCAGUCUUUCUUCAGACUGGAAGUUACUGGCAACCUGGAUUCCAAAACACUGGAGCUCAUGAGCAUGCCCCGCUGUGGGGUACCAGAUGUGGCCGCGUACAGUCACUUCCCCAACGACCCCAAAUGGACAACCAAUCUUGUGACUUACAGAAUAGUGAACUACACUCCAGAUCUGAAAAAGGAAGAUGUGGAUCGAGCCCUACACAAUGCCCUGAAAGUGUGGAGCAAAGUCACUCCCCUGAAGUUUAAGAAACUGCACGAUGGCACUGCUGAUAUUAUGAUCAGCUUUGGAGCCAGAGAACAUGGUGAUCAUAACCCAUUUGAUGGACCAGACGGACUGUUGGCACACGCUUACCCCCCCGGAAAUGGCAUUGGAGGGGACACACACUUCGAUGAGGAUGAAAUGUGGACCAUGGAUGCCAGAAAUUACAACCUGUUUCUGGUGGCGGCCCAUGAGUUUGGCCACGCCCUGGGUAUGGGUCAUUCCUCUGAUCCAGGAGCUCUGAUGUACCCAGUUUACACCUAUUCUCAGGGUUUUCCCCUGUCUGAAGAUGACGUCAAAGGGAUCCAGUCUCUCUACGGUCCUAACCCAGACCAUCGAAAAGUGAAGCCCAAGCCUGAAGCACCAAACAGAUGUGACCCUGAGUUAUCCUUUGAUGCAGUUACAGAGCUCAGAGGGGAAACGAUGAUCUUUAAGGACAGGUUUUACUGGCGUCUCCACCCACAAAUGCCGGAACCUCAGCAGAUCCUGAUCACGUCCACAUGGCCUUUCCUCCCCAAAACAGUUGAUGCUGCUUACGAAAAUCCAGAGAAAGACAUUGUCAUCAUCUUCAGUGGCAUCAGAAUGUGGGCCCUGAAUGGAUAUGAUUUAGUUGAUGGCUACCCAAAAUAUAUCCACAAAUUGGGCCUCCCAAAAAGCAUUCGUAAAGUUGAUGCCGCUGUACAUAUCAAAGACACGGGGAAGACUCUGCUCUUCACUGAUGAAGAAUACUGGAGCUAUGACGAACAGACAGGGACAAUGGAUAGUGGAUACCCAAGAUCCAUAGAGAUGGAUUUCCCUGGAAUAGGUGAUGAGGUGGAUGCAGCCACCUACUCCUCAGGAUAUUUGAGCUUCUUUAGGAAACACACAGUGUUUGAGUACAGUUACAGUGCUCGCAAAGUCAUCCGCCUCAUGAGAGCCAACAAUCUGCUGUACUGCUAA